AUGUAUUAUUUGGGUAUUGUUUUGGAAAUAUCUGAUGGUCGAAUUAAAGUAUUAAGAAAAACUAAAAUUUAUCAAUUCAAUUGUGAAAUACCAACAAAUGUUGUACCGGGUAGUUGGAUCAAUUUCUCGUUUAAUGAUGAUUCGAUGGCACCAUUCAUUGAAGCUUGUUCACCAGUUCUUCCAACCAAAAUUGUAAAGUUAUAUGACAGUGAUGGUUCAAUAAGCAGUCGAAUUUCAAUUCAAACAAUCGCAGCUACACCUCAUCGAGAGAAUUUAGAUGAUACUCUGGAACAAUAUGUUUGGUCACCUCAUUUUGAGUGGAUCCUAGAUGAUAAUGGAAUAUUUAAUCAUGAAAAUGUUAUGCCAGAUAUUAUUUAUGUGACCUGGAUUGAACUAUUAACCGAACCGUACAUGUCGAGUAAUGUUUUAAUGAAAGUAACUGAAAUUAUUAGACCAGCUUAUAAUCAACUUCCAAUUUAUGAUGCGCCAUGGAUUGGAUCAGAAAUGCCAGCUGAUGCGAAAUUACUAUCAGUUCACUGUUUGAAAAAUUUGUCUAAGAAUAAAACCAAUCCAGCGGCUAUAUAUUCAGGAUUAGUAAUUCGACGUGAUAUAGACUGCCAAGGAACAGAGCAAGUUGUCUUAUGGUCGAUAGCAACUGGAACUGUUUACUUCUGUCAUCAGCAAUGCCAGAAUAUCUCGAUAGGUGCUUGGAUUGAUUUUGUCGUACAGAAUGGGCGAGAUGGUAUUUUAGAAGCUCAUAAAUUAAAAUAUUCAAAGACACAAAUGAUGCUAACUAGAGUGGUAGAUGGUAAAGCUCAGAUAUGUCAAAAAGUAAAGAUACCAGAAAAUUUACCCAAAAAAGAUUGGAUUUGGAUAAGUGAUUUUGCUGGAAAAGUUUGGGUUGAUUUGGAGCAUUUUAAAAAGUCAGUGAUGAAUCGAUGGAAUGAAUUAGCUGGAAAUAUCACAUAUGUUUGGCUUUCGUACGAUCAGUUCGGCUCUACAGUAUGCUGGAGAUUUCAUUCUAUCGCUGAACCAAACCAAUUUAUAGAAACAAAAGAAGAUGCUCUAAAUAAUGAACGUUUUGCUGAUUUGACUAUAUUGUAA